ACUCAAAUAAAAAAUAAAUAAAUAAAUAAAUAUAUAUAUAAAUAUAUAUUGAUCCGAUCAAAUCAACAUCACCACGUGACACGAUCAGUAUAGAAUCUGCAGCCUCCAAGUUAUCACCAAAAACAGUUACUUCACUUCCUCCUCCACCAUCAUCAGCAUCAUCUUCUUCUCCUUCUGUUCAAUCCCUAAAUUAAAAAUUUAUGUCCGCCAUCGCCGCCGCCAUCAAAUUCUAUACCCUUUUCCUCUUCACAGUAGCUCUCCUGCGCAUCAUCCAUGGCGGCCGCGCCAACAUCUUCAUCUACGCCGGCUGCUCCCUCGACAAAUUCCCCCCAAACUCCCCUUACCAAUCCGAUCUCAACGCCUUGCUCUCCGCCCUUUCUUCCUCCUCUUCCCGCUCGCUCUACAGCUCCUUCUCCACCGGAAACGCCACCGGCCUCUACCAGUGCCGCGGCGACCUUAAAACCAGAGACUGCGCCGAUUGCGUCGCCGCCGCCGUAAGCCAGCUCGACCUUCUCUGCCCCUACACGGGCGGCGCCGCCCUCCAGCUCGACGGCUGCUUCCUCCGCUACGACGACGGCGGCGAUUUCGUCGGAAAACUGGACACCAGCUUGAGGUAUAAGAAGUGCAGCGCCAGCAACGGCGGCGACGCGGAGUUCGUGCGGCGGAGAGACGACAUGCUCGCCGAUUUGGGCGGCGCGGCUGCGGCGGCGGCUGGGUUUCGCGUCAGCUCCGCCGGCGCCGUCGAGGGUUACGCGCAGUGCUUGGGGGAUCUGACGGCGGCGGAGUGCGGUGAGUGCCUGGCGGAAGGGGCGGCGAUGGUGAAGUCGCUGUGCGGCGCAGCGGUCGCCGGCGACGUUUUUCUGGCAAAGUGUUAUGUACGGUAUUGGGAAAGCGGUUACUAUGGUUCAUCUUCAGGACGAAGUUCUUCAGAGGAAGACGAUGUGGGAAAGACUGUGGCCAUAAUUGUGGGUGUAAUUGCAGGCCUUGCUCUGCUCAUUGUUCUUCUCUCCCUCUGCAGAAAGUCCCUUGGUUAAUGUCAGAUGCAUUAAGAACACAGCAUAUAUUUGGCAAAUGGAAAUAGAUAAAUCAGAUAAUUGAUUUCUUGUGGUGCAUGAGUCUGAAGCUGGAUCUUUUUAGUUUGUUGGUUUUUAUUUUGUUUUAUUUUAUUUUAUUUGACAAUUUGUCUUAGUUUUGGGGAUUAUAGUGAAUUUUUUAAUAUUUUUUACUUUUCAAUUCACACUAUUUAUUUAAUUUUUUAAUAAAUUAAGUAUAAUUCUAUUUUAUUAAUUAAUAGAAAUGUGUUCAAAUAAUAAUACUAUUUUCGUCCCGCAAAAAGAGUAACAUUUGUUUUUUACACGUAGAUUUUCUAAUAUUAGUAUUAUAUUGGUUUAUAGUAAAAAAGACAAAAAUGCCCAUAUUAGAUUGUGUGAUAAAAAAGUAAUGACAUUUGUGUAAUAUAUUGGAAGUUGUAAGGAUAUUAAUUAUGUUAGGCAGUACAAUUACUAAAUUAGGAAAUGAUAUCCUUUUUUUUUACGGGCAAAAAUGGAAAAUGAUAUCCUUUUUAUGGGACGAAGAGAAUAAUAUUUUUGU